AUGAACAGGAGAAUUAGCAACUCUAACCACAUGCAGAGGGAAGGGGAAUACAGACACCAAGUGGGGGUACCCAAGGGAAGCAGAAGCGAGCUGAGAUGCAAAUCAGCAGAAAGGUGGAUCCAUGGGAAGGGACACGAUAAUAAGAGAAGCCAAAGCAGACAACAAUUCCCUCCCAAGUGGACCCCUGAAAACGGCUCGAAAAAGGAGUUCAGAAGUCGCCAUAACAACAGCGGGCCGAGUCAACAAAUGUUUGUCGGCUCGGAUCACGGGCCAAACCAGGGUGUCGACGCCAGAAGGGCAAGAGAACCAAGUGCAGACACUCGGAUUGGAAUGGGGCCAAGUGGAAACAUGCAAAAUAGAAAUGGGCUAAGUGCUAACCCCCGAACUGACAAUGCCCGAAGCAGCGCAAUCGGCGUAAGACAAACGGUGCACUUCAGUGCCCCCCCACACCCCGGCGAAAAUAGGAAGAACAAUCAGGCGGAAAAUCAAAUGGUCCACCAAGGCGCCCUCCCACUUCCCAACCAAAGAGAAGUAAACAUUCUCGUGCAUCACAAAAAUGGGGACCUUCACAAAAGUGCGUACUCGAAAAAGCAUCACGAGCUUAUUCACAAAGGAGAAGCACUAAUGAACUUGUUGAACAGGCCCGAGGAGAAAUUUCCCAAUCUAUCUCAUAAUAACUCGAGAGAUAAGAACAUCUCUCAGGAGAGUGUCCAAAUGGCCCUACCGAAUAGUCGCCUCAUCAGGAAGGAAGACACCACUCUGUCGAAACUCCUCCUACCCCUCGACACAAGGGGCAGCAAAUCAACGCACAAUCAGAGUGGCCCGAUCAACGCCCGAAUGAUAACAGAAAAUUUUUUGAAGAAAAAUAAAAGGACACAAAGCUUCCUCGACAGGGAGACAAGACAGAGGGAAAUAAUGAGGAUCCCUCAGCAGGAACCAUUUAACAACAAAAUGAUGGCAAACUUACCAUCCCACUUGCCCCAUCUGAAUGACCGAUGCAGCAGGGAACGAAGCAUCGAUCAGUCCCACUUUGCAUACAUGAGAAAUAACGCCACGUCAAAAAGUUUGGAAAUUUCAAUGCAACUAAAAAACGAGGAACAGAGAAGACACGAAUGCUUGCAUCAUAGGAAGAACACCCCACAACGAGAUCAUCUGCAUCAAAUGAAGGAGCGACAACAGAGAGAGAAGUUGAUUCCCGCCGACAAGCAAGCCGCAAUUGUAAAAUGUGCCCCUGGAAUAUACGGUAGAAACAGUGCAGGAAUAAAUGGAACUAGCCAUUCAGAAAAAAUCACCACAGCCAUGACCAUCCAAAAUAACUGCAUUCAAGCUGUUCAGGGUAGGUCCAGGAAUCCUGAACCCAUGAACAAAAAGUAUCCCCAGUUUGGAAGAGCCAGAAUUAUCCAGAUGGAGAGCCACAUGGAGAGACAGAUGGAGAACCACAUGAGGAAGUCAAACGGGGUAGGAUACAGAAGGGGAAUAUCCCCCGAUGGAAUGACAAGCACUUCUAGUGAGUCCAUCGUGCCCAUCGAGUCAAUCGAAUCGAUCAACUCAUGGACAGGCGGUGGCAGUAACAGUGGAAGCCUCCCCCCUAGGAUCAACUCGGACAGACUCCCUUUCUUCCCCGAGGCAAAUUCAUUGCUAAACGCAUCGCUAUCCAUUUUCUCAUUUAAUGAUCCUCACAAAACCACACGGACAAAAAGCUACAUAUCGAUAAAAAAAGUGCAUGACAAGGACAUUUCGGAAGGUUCAUAUCCUUUUAGUGGUCCCAGGAGUAGCAACCCAACACAGGAGUCCUUCUCGACACGCGCUACAUACACAUCUGCUACAGUAGGAAAUACAUUUAACAAGAAUAGAGAUCAGAUCAACACACGGGGAGGAAGAAACACUCAUAUUUUCAAUGUACCAAACAGAAAUGGCGAUUCACGUAGGGUCUGCAUACACGAUUACUCUCAUCAUCCACAUGGACCUCUUCAGCCUAACAGACACAUCCGAUGUGACGAAAAUGACCCCUUUCAUAGACUCAGUUCGGAGGACUUCCCCUUCACAUCUGAAAAAUUCAAACGAGAGAUGAAACCAUCCACGGGGGAGAGGAAGCAGGAACGCCCACUCAGUAGGGACAACCAGUUUGCUACAUUUCGAAAACACAACGAAAAAAUGUGCAUUAUGAUUGACACCUCCUGUGUCGGGGGACAUGUACACGCCUCGAUCGCAGCUAUCGCAGCGAACGCAGCACACGGUGUAGUCGCUGAAAACGUGGCCAACUUGGUAAAGGUCGCGAACCGCAAUGGGUUCCCCCCCAAGGGGAGCCUAUGUAACAAAAAUUUGCUGCACCUCACGCAUGAGAAGGUGAAGAAGGGCCUCACCUUUGAAGAAAUGAGGAGAAGGAGCUUCGAAGCCCUGCACAUUAGUGAGUCGUCGAAGCCUCACGUGAAGGAUAAGCAGCAUGAUAUACACAACAUGGGCGAUGUUGGCGAUUUUCGCCAUGUGCGCGAUGGUCGCGAUUUUUCCAAUUAUUCCAUGCACGAAAGGGAAGAGAGAAACAAAAAGAACGCCCAAGGAAGCGUCUACCAGUCGAGUGAAUCAUCGGAAAUGAAUUUUCUGCCAAAGAAGAGGAAGCUAAAUGGAACCGAGCUAAAGGAAAGACAGAGCCAGAUGGUCAUCCGUCCAAGUACAGCUGUUCAAAAAAAUAAAAUGAAUCUUCCACGUGGAGACACCAGCAUGAUUUACAACAAAACGAGGUCUCAGUCUGAGCAUGGCAGAAACGACAAAUCAAUGUCGAGGACCAACUUUAAGACAGAAAGGACAACAAACCCUUUGCAAAUCAGAAUAAAAAACAUCGAAAAAAACAGAAUCUUCGAUGCGACAAGACGGAAACAAGUCAAUCUUUCCACUCGCGAAGAAAAUAAAAGAGAGAAUUGCAUUAACAUAUUUUCCCAAAAAGAAAACAAUUUCAAAGAGAAAAGUGUUAUGCACACUUGUUUGGACAGCUAUCGAAAGGCUCCCCUGCAGGCUUUACGAAAAAUCUUUGCAGUAACUCCAGUACUGAUUAACAGCUUCAACAAACAGUUUAACAUUACUGCAGAUAUUAGCUGUGAAGACAAAAGGGGAAAAACAACCCCAGCCCCCCUUUACCACAGAGCACCAGUAACUGAUGCUGCCAAGCUUACUGCACUUGGGAGAAACAAGGGGGGCACUAGAGACAGAAUCCUAAGUGGGAAUGAUGAGGAAAAAUUAAAAAGGGAAAAAUCGAUAAAGAGGGUAAAUAACAUACCCACAGGGGGUAGCGGCGCCAUCCUAUGUAAAAACUGCAUCACAAACUCAAAAGAGCCACAAAUGAAUGGACAAAAUGCUGCCAUAAAGGAUGCCCAUUUUUGCAAAGCGACCAAAUCACAACGGGAGAAGCAGAGUAAUGACGCAAAGAACGACACACACGUGGGUCUUUUCUCUACGAAUUUGCGCAGCGUAAAUGCGUUCGCUUCAGGAAUGGGACAGUUCCCCGUCGCAGAUGCCCAGUCGAGACAGGACGCACAACUUGGGGGCGGAAAUGGACCAUUCUGCGGAGAGAACAAAAGUGAACCAUUUUGCGAAGAAAUAAGAGAACCAUAUUACGACAUCAUCGAUUUGAAUGGCUUGGCAAAGGAAAAGAAAACGCAGAAGAAAACAUCCCGACAUGGUACGCAAGAGACCACCGUUGCACACGUACCCAACCCCUGCAAUGGCGUUCCCCUGGUGAAGAGGACGAAUCGGGUUAAGGUACCCAAGGACGGAAAUGACAGACCCAGGAGAAAAGCAUGUAAGGAAGAGGAUCCUAGAACAAAAACGAAGGGCGAGUCUGCUGCGCUGAGUGGUGAGGCGGCAAGUGGACUUAGAGAUAGACAGGGCGUUACACUCGCGGGCGCGGUCGAAAAGGUUGAUGCGAUGAAAGAAAGUAACCCAACCAACGCGAGUGACCCAACUAACGCGACUGAACAAAUCAAAACGAGUGACGAGACCAGUGCGACAAGCGAGUCCAAAGCGGUCAACGCAGCUAACACGGACCACGCCACCAACAAUGCGAAUGCAUUGCCCAUGCGCGGGGAAGCACACAGGGAAAAGAUACUACUAGGAAGCGCCUCGGCACAUGCAUUAUCGAACAAAGACGCCCCCGCGAGCACAGGAGCAGAGCUCGCAGCAAAAGACAAAGGGAAGGACGAAGGAAGCCAGAUAUCAAAGGGGGCACCAAACACAGCGGAAAGUACCACCUGGUUGCAUGAACGUCAACACGAAAAGAAUGUAGAGGAGGGGGUGGAUAAAUUUCCUGACAAAAAUAACCAGCCGGAUGCUGCGAAAGAGAAAAAUGAAUGCCUCCCCCUCUUUGGUGAUGUCGAAGUGAUAGGGAGAUUUCACCAAAUGGAUUGCAAAAAGGGUGUUGGCAGAACGCACGAUAGGAAUAGGGAAGAGCAUAGCGAUCUGCGUAGUGAAGUGCGUAGCCAAGUACAUGUCGAUGCGGUGAGGACAGACCACACAGCCACAACUGCACAAAUGCAGGGACACUUAGCAGCAAAAGUUGGAAGGAACCACGGGACAACACAUAAUGAAAAGGGAACAGAUGGGGACCUACAUCAAGACAAGGUAGGGAAGAAGACCCCCACAAGGAUGAACCAUCGGCGACAAGUGGGCACCAGGGCUGUUAGCUUAAAUGAGAAAAAUAAGUUAAAUAUGGGAAAAAGAAAAAAAGUGGAGGUGUACGAGGAUAAACGAGAGAAACCGAAACAAAGGGAUGCUAAAAAAAAAGCCAGUCAGAGGAGUGCUGCGGACGCAUUGGGGACAUCACAAAUUGACUUGUUUGCGGAACCACCUAAAGCAGAGGGCAAGGAAGGCUCAACGGGGAAAGAUCCCCAGGAUGCACGCGAGGACGAAAAGGAAAGGGUUAAGCGCGGGGUGGAGGAAAUUAACGAAGCGCGCGGAAAUGGUGAACAGUGCGAAAAAGUGUGUGAUGCCCCUAGCAGCAACUUGUCUGCAUGCACGCAUAGCAAUGGGAAAAAAAAAAAAAACAAUAAUAUCCCAACGAUGCGUUCGAACAAAGAGCACACUGAUAAGGAGGAACUAAGAAUGUGCCUUCCCACAAACAGGAAGCAACGUUUUGUCGAAAUAGAGGAAAAAAUUCCACGUGCAAAAUCGGCACAAUGCUUGAUUGCCGGUACUAGUCGUGCCCACCCGAGGAAGACUUUUUCGAGCCAGAAAAGAAAGGACCCUAAGGAGGAGGAUAAGCAGAAGGAGGAGAAGACGGACGAGAAGAAGGAGGAGAAGACGGACGAGAAGAAGGAGGAGAAGACGGACGAGAAGAAGGAGGAGAAGACGGACGAGAAGACGGACGAGAAGACAGACGAGAAGGAGGAGAAGACGGACGAGAAGACAGACGAGAAGGAGGAGAAGACAGACGAGAAGAAGGACGAGAAGAAGGAGGAGAAGACAGACGAGAAGAAGGACGAGAAGGAGUGUCAGGUGGAUCAAAGAAGUACCAAUCGGAACGGAAAGAAAAGGGAAAAAAUUUCCAUGAUUAAGGACAAACAGGGUGGGGGUAAUGAUGGGGGGGGAGAUAAAGGUGGAGGUGCCAAUAUCAGCAGCAGUGUCAAUGGAAGCGGUGACUGCCUCGACGAUGGGGAGCUUCCAAGCAGGCAAACUGAAGGCAGCAAGUUUAACCGAAAGGACGACCCCACUAUGAUCCCCCCCAAAUCUGCGGACAUGCAAGAAAGUGCGCAGAGACCGACAACCAAAGUGAUGGCAGAAUCGUCGUGUCACAAAAAGAGGAAAAUUAUCAGUGCGAUUCCCCUCCCUCGGGAGGAAAUUCCCCAUACCAGCGAUCUAUUAAGUGGCAAGAUCCACGAAGAGAAGAGUUUUUUUUCCACAGGGGAUGAGUCCCCAUUUUGCCACAUUUAUUCAUCCCGGAACGUUGCUGCCCAGAUUGGAACCCUCCAAGGGGAUGGCACCACCGUUGGUAACAGUCGAAGGAGAAGCGGCAGGAGCAGCAGCAGGAGCAGCGUCAGCAGCGAAAGCACCACGGAUGGAAAAACGGAGGGGGAAAAGCUCCCCCCGCACAAGUGCAUCGAGGAAGACGAAUCGGGCAUGACCAGCUUGGACGUCCUGUCUGGCGACCUCCACAGUGGAACUUUGUUUCAGUUUGUUACCCGGGGUGCGUCAGAUGGAAGUCGAUCGGAGGAGCAGCAGGAAGAGGAGGUAGAUCAUCUGGAAGACCCUGUAGAGGAGGUCAACCAAACGGAGGACGAUCAGACGAAGUACGACCAAAUGAAGGGGGACAAAACAAAGGACGACCAAACGGAGGACAACCUAACUGCGACGCAUACGCCCCAAUGGGAAGAAGGACCACCCCUCGAUAAUCCGAAAAACGGUGACGAGGGGGAAGGUGCCAACCGAAUCGAAGAAUCCACAGCGCAGAGCGAACCGGUUCGCAAGGCGGGCCGCUCAAAGGGGCCAGCGAAUAAGACAACCAGAGGGGGUGCACGUAGUGGGCCUCGACGGUUUAGCCAGUUAGGUGAAGCUUCUUCGUUGGGAUCUAACAAGUGGGGUGGCGUGGAAGGGGGGGUCACCGGGGGAACAGCUCCCACGUUGGAUGUCUUAAAUGUGGAUGUCACCAGUGCAGAUGUUUCCACCUCGGACAAAGUGGACGACGCGGAGUUAACUUGCAACGGGACAUCGGGCGAAUCAGUGCCGGAGAAGGAGGCGUGGGGAGGAAGAGACAACCGAGAGAGCCAGCUGGUACCAACCCUCUGUGUAAGAAAUGAGAAAGAGAUGUCUAUCAACGGGACCGCCACUCCAGCCGAUGACCUAUCGCUUGGAGGAAAAGACAAAGAAGGCGAGGUCUCCCUUUAUACAAACCAUCGUGUGGAAGCAGAAAAACUAAAUCAGGACAUCCCAUAUAUUACAGACAUACACAAGGAAAUGCACAGGUCGCCAGUGAUGCCUCUCCGAAUCGAAGCCUUUCACUCUCUCGAGGAUCAGAGGUUAAUCUAUGGAAGGCCCGAAUGGCAGAAGUAUCUGUGCCCCUUGUGCGACAAGGCUUAUUACCCCCCAAAUAGCUACAUGAAAAAUUAUGUCCACUACCUAAAUGAGCAUUGGAAGAAGAGAAAAAUCCUCGGGGGUUACAUUAUAUUCCCAUGCAAGUUGAUUCAUAGCGGACUCGAAGAGCAAGAGGAGGAAGAGAAGGAGAAGUCGUACCUACGGAUUAGCAAAAAAAUGAAAAAAAAAAAAAAAAAGAAACUUUUCACAGAUUCGCAUUACCACUGUCCUAUAUGCUUAAAUGUGCACUUCACAGAAUACGCUUUGCUAACGGAGCACUGCGUGAAAUUGCACAAGUCUUCCGGUGCAGACCCCUCGAGAACACUCCCCUCAGAUGUGGUGCACACGCCUUUUAUCAACAGUAAUGACUACUACUGCGCGUUGAGGAAGUUCGAAUCGGAGAAAAAUAUCAGCAUUGAAGCAGUGAAUAAAUGUGCCAGCAGCACGGGUUCAACUAGCGAUGCCCCAUAUGCGCAAUUUCUGGUUAGCACCACCACAUCUGCCACCCUGGAGAAAGGCCCCAAGAAGAGGGAACAGAAAAACGAGGCGAAACACAGGAGAACCAGCAAAGUAAAUUUUUGCGGCGAGAUUCAAGUCAGGGAAUACGACAUUGAGUUGUCGCGCAUUGAGAAGUUCGGCGCGAGCAUCGGCCCCGUCUUUACGGAGGAGAAGGAGCAGGAAACGGCGCCAAGCGAUGUGAGUACGCCAACUGAUGCGAGUACGCCAACUGAUGCGAGUACGCCAACCGAAGCGAGUACGCCAACCGGUGUCAGCACGCCAAACACGUUGAGCGAGGCAGAAAGCACCUUCCAAUUAGCGAGCCAACCGGCAGAGGGAGACCAAAAUGAAGCGCUGCGCGGAGAGGUGGAGGCAGAAGAUGGGGCGCCCCGAAAGGAGAGCACUCCCCAGGAGGAAGCCAUAGAGUCAGCAGUGGAUAAGGAAGACGAAGGCGAGAAGCCGAUCAAAAAAUGCAACAAGGAUAUCUCUCCCAACGUUGAAGACAUUCAUGUGGAAGGAACACCCCACCAGAAUGGUAGUGCCAAUGUGAAGGAUUCUGUACCCAUUCCAGGAGGCGAAGCCAAGAAGGACCAGGACCCCAAUACACCAGUGAUGAGCAGUACAGAAAGGAAAAUAAUCGAAAGGAGAAAAAAGAAAAAGAAGGAGGAAGAUCCAAACGGAAGUUAUACACCAAGUCGAAAGAAUCUCAAUGCUAGUUACAGAAAAGGGAUGUCCAUCAAGUUAGACGAGACCCCUCCGCUAAAUGAGAAAAGAACUGAGAGAAGUGGUGACCACAUGAAUAUAGACACAGAGAAAGGCAUAGGAAAUAGCAAGUCUGGGGUACAAGAACAGCCAUGCGAAGAGGCCAACACCACAUCGUCGUUUAGAAAUGAUCAACCCGAACUGAUCAAUGGAGAAAAGAAGGUAGAACAAAUUGUUAAUCAAACGGAGUACGCCCCUUCCAUGAACCAUGUCAAAAUGGGAAAAAAUCAAUCAAAGGAUGAAUCGGGAAAUAAAAACAUCGAUGAGGAACAUUCCCCAGGUGCCUCCACCCACGAAUGUAUCGAUCCAUGCGGAAAUGCAAACGUGGAAACUGACCUCCCUCGAAGUGACAGCCUAAAUGAACUCAUCUCAUCCCUCUUCAGCAUUGAUAAUAAUAGCCCCUCUUCAAACAAGGAAAAUAAAUCAGUCCCAUUUUCCUGCCUGCUGUACGAAGAAAGUCUGCAGAUAAAGGAACAGCCACUUAACGAAAUAUUACUCGAAAACAGAAUUGAGAAUAACAAAGGAAGUAUAUUCAUUCCUGUGAAAAAAAAAAUGGGUAAGCACAUGCGGAACGGAAUUGACAACAUGCACAAGCAGAUCAUCUCGAAAUAUAAAAGGAAGAUUAAAAUAUCCGCUUUGAAUGAACAGAAAAAGGAAGGCACAUCUCUCUUCGAUUUUAAGAAUUACGAAAAUGUGUAUAUGCCCCCCAAGAACGUCAGCCUGAAUUUACCCGCCGAAAAGGAGACCGAAAUUUUGAAGAAAGUGAUCCGGCAGAAGAAGAAGGAGAAAAUCCCGCCCCUUCGGCUCAACUGCAGGCAUAGUGCCCGGUUAAAGAACCAGAACAAAAUGACGCAGUAG